AUGUCAGUGUACAAGGCCAGUAGGGAGUAUGGGGUUCCAGAAUCUACACUAAGAGACAGGACACUUGGACAGCAGCCUACUGGGGACUUGCCAUAUGCUGGUCCUGGGCCCUUGUUUUCUAAGAAUGAAGAAAGCCAGCCUGUGGAACAUGUAGCAUAUAUGGCUAGGAUUGGAUACGGUUAUUCACGGCAAGAAUUCAUGAGUCUGGCAACAGAUUAUGCCAUCAGUUUAAAAAAAAAGAUUGAGAUGGACUCACCACUUGCUCCUUCCUGGUUUAAUGGUUUCAGAAAAAGAAACCCAGAAGUGACAAUGACAAAACCACAGAAAUUGUCAGUAAUUCGGGCAAAGUGCACAUCGGAAGAAGUUCUAAAUAACUAUUUCAAGGAGCUUGACAAGGUGUUGAAGGCCCACAACCUUCAUGAAAGCCCUGAAUCUAUUUGGAAUAUUGAUGAAAGUGGGUUGCAGACUGAGCAUUCCCCAAGGAAGAUCCUCUGCAUGCAGGGAGAAAAGGCAAAUACAGUAACUUCCAACAGAGGCCAGACAGUUACCUUAACAGGAUGUGGAAGUGCUUCAGGUGUGCAUGUCCCCCCAUACUAUGUCUUCCCUGGGAAAAGAUGGAACGAAAACCUGAUAGAUGGGGCCACCCCAGGACAUGCUGGCACAAUGUCCGAUUCUGGACGGUCAAACUCUUCAGUCUUCCUCAAGUACCUUGAGAAUCACUUCCUUCACCAUGUCAACACCAGAGAUCGUCUAGUGCUUGUUUUAUUUGAUGGCCAUAAAUCACAUGUCAAUUUAACACUUGCAAAUUGGGGCCAGCAGCACAAUGUUGUAUUUUUUGUACUGCCUCCCCACACGUCACAUGUAACACAAUCUCUGGAUGUUGGCUGUUUUUGGCCCUUUGAAAAGCUUUUACUAUUCGGAAUGCCAAAUAUUCAUGAGGAAGAAUCCUGGGAUGCAGCUAAACCGGUACAAUGA